ACACACACACACUCGGGCUCUUUAGCGUGUGGAGGCUGUUUCCAGCGGAGCGCGGUUUGUGUGACACCGCAUCCAGUGUCUACUGCGCUAGAUUUUUAUGCUUCCGCGUUUGAGGGCGCUCAGUUCUAUCCAGCAACGGUGGCACUUCCUAAAGUUCCGAAAUGCCAGCUAGAAGAUCACUGAAAUCGGAUGAUCCGUUUGUGAAAAAGUCAUUUAGUCCUUCAAAAUGCAGAAGGAAGAAAAGUAUUACAACUUAUUCUCCAACAACUGGAACUUAUCAAAUGAGCCCAUUUUCUUCUUCUACAACCCCCAAAGAACAAGAGUGCGGAAACAGACCAUCAAAUGGAAAGACAAAGCAGAAUAACCUCAGCUCACCUGCGAGAGAGGAAUCCAUAGCAAAAGACAGCAAUGGAUUCAUAGUGCUGCUAUCUAAAAUUGAGAGAUCAGCAGAAAACACCAUGGAGAUAAUGAAGAAUUUAAGUAGUAUACAGGCUUUGAAGAAUAACAGAAGACUUGAAGAUCUCAUUGGUGUUUCCCUGGUCCCAUGUUCCUUAAAAAAUGAAGUAGAGAAAACUAGAACACUAAUGACAAAAGCAACAGAACAAAAGCUGUUUGAUAAGAAGAAUUCAAAAAUUCCCCCCAAAGAACAUCAUCUUGACAGCUUCAAAUUCCUUAAAGCCAUUUUGAACUGAGUGUUACCUUCAAGUCUGACAACUGUGUCAAUCUACAUGAGUGUUAAUAAGAAUGCAACCUUGCCUGACAUGAAGAGUUGGUGAAAGUAGACUGUUAAGUGUGAAAACCACCUUCUCAGACAGGAAGCAGAUCAUCUAUGGAUAAACAGGAAAAAAUAAAAGAGUUCAUUGUG